GAGCCUUGGUGCCAAGUAAUUUCGGCCAUAGAGCGUAUACACCGACCUUACCGGUAUAUCAAUGUGAGUCUCGUGAACUGAAGAGAUACGCUCCUGGGAUCAACUGUAUGUGGUUACCUCUUACGGCAACCCCUUAGUUCCCGUAAACUUGAUCUUUCACGUAAUAGAACCAAAAGCUAUCUAGGAUCCCCUUAUGAUAAACCUACCUUUGUUCUCCGUGAUAGAAGGCCUAAGCCUUUCUCCAAAAGUUCUACUAUAGACAUCGUGCUACAGAGCCCCCCUCCUCUAGUUCCUUUCAAACCUCCCCAAUCCAGCGUCAUAGCAUCCCGAAGCCUCGGACAUGUCGAAACGCCACCUCUUCCAGUCUUCGGAUGGACUCGUCACCAAAGCGAUUAGGGGCAUCAUCGCUUACAAUCCGUUGCUUAGCCUGGACGAGGCCAACCGAGUGGUAUUCGAUACAGCCCAUGACAAGUCCAACGUGUCGAUAAUUAGUGGAGGAGGUUCCGGCCAUGAACCUGCCUGGUCUGGAUAUGUCGGUCAAAACCUGCUUGCUGCUUCAGUAGCCGGAGACAUAUUCGCUUCUCCGAGCACAAAGCAGAUAGUCUCUGCUAUCGAUAGAGUACCUUCUGAGAAAGGAACUAUCCUAGUUGUCACCAACUAUACCGGUGACUGUCUGCACUUUGGGUUGGCGAACGAGAAGGCCAUUGCGAAGGGCCACAAAUGUAGGAUGAUCAUCUGUGGAGACGACGUGUCCGUCGGGAGAAAAGGCAGCCUGGUCGGCCGGCGCGGCCUAGCUGGAGAGCUCGGGGUUCUUAAGAUCUUAGGAGGUGCUGCAGGCGCCGGCGGCUCUCUUGAUCAGGUGUACGACCUCGGCGUCUCAUUCUCACAACAAAUAGUCUCGAUUGCGGCCACACUCGACCACUGUCAUGUUCCAGGCCGUACAGAGCAUGCUACGUUAGGGAGCGACGAAGUGGAAAUUGGAACUGGUCCUCACAAUGAACCUGGUUACAAGAAGCUGUCGCCUGCGCCGUCGGCACAGGACCUUGUUAAGCAGUUAUUGACUUACCUCCUAGAUGAGACGGACUCCGAAAGGGGUUAUGUGAAAUUUAAUGCCGGCGAUGAGGCCAUACUCCUCAUUAGCAACUUUGGGGGAGUGUCACACCUUGAAAUGGGCGCAUUGGCGGACGAACUCCUCGAGCAGCUCGCGAAACAGUGGAAACUCGAGCCGGUGCGCAUAAGUAACGGUUUCCUGGAGACAUCCCUCAACGCGCCAGCAUUUUCGGUAUCAAUCGUCAAUGUGACCGCUGCGGCUGCCAACUGCUCAUAUUCGGUCGAAGAAAUCAAAUCGUUCUUUGACGCCAGGACUAACACAUGCUGGGAAUCUCUCACGGGCUCUCAAUCCGUACGGCGCCCUCGACAGGACCAGUUUGUAAAGCCACCGCAAGAGCCUCAGAAGGUGAUAGAGGAGUCUAAAGAUCUUAAAAUCGAUCCAACUGUCUUGGACAAAAUGCUGCGUGGAGCUUGCGACCAGCUGAUUGUCGCGGAGCCAGACUUAACCAAGUGGGAUACGAUAAUGGGCGACGGAGAUUGUGGCGAGACACUUAAAACGGGUGCCAACUGUCUCCUCGCCGCGUUAGACUCAAAGAAGAUUGCCGCUCAAGGUUCCGUAAUUGCCGUUCUCCAAGAGCUUGAAGAGAUCGUCGAAGGCAAGAUGGGAGGCACGUUAGGUGGCAUACUGGGCAUCUUCUUCGUCUCGAUGCGCAACGCCUUGGAAGAGAAUACAGCCAUUGCCGAGAGCGAGGGACUUCCUAAGUUAUGGGCUAAGGCAGUCCAAGCAGCGUUGGACAAUUUAACAAGAUAUACGCCGGCCAAAGUUGGUGACAGGACUGUGAUGGAUACACUAAUCCCGUUCGCGGAGGGUCUUCGUUCGGGCGUAUUUGCGGACGGUCUCGAGGCGGCAAUCAAGGGGGCCGAACUGACAAGGACGUUGAAGCCGAGACUUGGUAGAGCUACUUACAUUGGUGCUGAUAGCAGUAAGAGUUUACCUCCUGACCCCGGUGCCUGGGGCGCCAUGGUGGCCAUAAAAGGCUUGCAGUUGGGUAUGUGAUUAUUUGCGUUGGUAGUAGAUAUUAUAUGUAAAUUGUGGUAUGGAUAUAUCGGUAGGUAGUCAUCGGUAUGAAUAAAUAGCUAGUGGGCGUCUUAAACUUAAGCUUAAGAGGCGUUUGCAUAAAUUAAUUUAAAUGGCGAUGAAUAUUUUCGUU